AUGACAACAGAAGCUGAUGGAGGAUCACCAGCAGACAAGCUCUUCACUCCACCAUCAGAUAGUGAGCAGACACCCAACAUCCAGGGAUGGGACACUGCGAUGACUCAGGGGGCUCUCACGAAGACCUUCUAUGACUCUGUGACAGCAGUCUUCUGUGGUGUGGUCUGCUGGGGGAGCAACAUCACGGCAGCUGACAGGAAGAAGCUGGACAAGCUGAUCAAGAAGGUCAGCUCUGUCCUGGGGUGUCGUCUGGAACAGGUGGAGGAGGUGGGCAAGCUCAAUGGCUUCGCCAUUCCUAUAGGGGGCAGUCAUGUACUCGUGUGCCCUCGUUGUACGUUACCGGAAGCAGGAGAGAAACCAUUCACGUGCACACUUUGUGGUAAAAGGUUCCCUCAGAAGGUUCAUUUGACAGCACACACACGAACACACACCGGAGAGAAACACAACUUCUGUUCCAUCUGUAACACACAUUUGUGUGAUAGUUCAGCAUUGGAUCAGCACAUGAGAAAACUCCACGGGGAGAAGCUCUUAACCUGCUCCGUCUGUGGUAUAAGUUUUACACGAAAUUCAGAUUUGAAAAGACACAUGAGAACGCACACCGGGGAGAAACCUUUUACCUGCUCCGUGUGCGGUAUAGGAUUGGCUCAAAAGUCACAUUUGACAGCACACAUGAGAAGACAUACUGGAGAGAAACCUUUCAUGUGCGCAUUCUGCGGCGUUGGAUUUGCUCAAAAGUCGUGUUUGACAAAACAUACAAGAAUUCACACCGGAGAAAAACCAUAUUCCUGUUCGGUCUGCAACAGAAGCUUCAAUGCAAGCUCGGGUUUGGAUCAACACAUGAGAAGACACGCUGGAGAGAAACCUUUUACCUGCUCAGUCUGUGGUUUAGGUUUUGUACGGAAUCCGGAUUUGAAAAUCCACAUGAGAAGACACACUGGAGAAAAACCAUAUUCCUGUUCAAGCUGCAACAAAAGCUUUUGUGACCGAACAACACUUGUAACGCACGUGAGAACACACACGGGAGAGAAAGUGUUCCGUUGCAGUGUGUGUGAUGAAAGGUUCUCCUAUAAGUACCAGCUUGACACUCACAAGUGUUCCGGUGAGAGCAGCAGCAGUCAAUGA